AUGCCGAAAGUUAAAAGUGCCAAAAUCAGUUUUGUAAUUGAAACGAAUGAAACGUUCCGAAAUUCAAUGGUCUCUCCAUCUAACGAAGUAUACAAAAAAUCAUAUCAGGAAAAACGACAAUAUGUUGAAAAUUUACUAAAAGAAAACACGUACCCAUAUGAAAUAGACCUUGACCAUUUGAUUGGACUUUCUGUAAAGUCUAGAAGACAUAAAAGUUAUAAAGAGAAUAAAAAAGAGCAUCCGGCUAGACCGCAAAACAGCUUUUUUAUAUUCAGAAGAAUUUUUGACGAGCAGGCCUGUAAAAAUGAAGAUACCAAAGUAAAAGAUGUGUCAAUCGACGCAGGAACAGAAUGGGAAAAAUGGAAGUCUACUGACUUCGGAAAUCUAAUCGAACAUAUCGCUAUUCUGGCGGAAAAGUUUCAUAGAUGCAACUAUCCGAAUUACAAGUAUCAACCACAAAAAAAGAGUCCAAAACGGACCACUCUUUCUAGUCCAGAAGCAGAAGAUGAAAAAUUAGAUCCUUUGAGGUCAACAGAAACUUAUGGUUUACCAACGCCGGCAUCUUCGCUGGUCUCACCAGCCAUGCAUUCAAUUGACGGUUUUGCAGGAAGCUCUGGGCCCGAUUUUACCUUGUUCGAUAAGCUAAACAAUCAAAUUUCGAAUUUAUUCGCAGAAGAUAUUCAAACAGAGACCGAACUAGAGAAUUUAGAGAAUUCAAUUAAUAAUGAAAUAUAUGCGACUCUCACUCUUAAAUCCUCCGGUGUAACGGAUAUUGCUCAAGCGGUUAACUCAUCUCCGCAAAUUUCUACUCUCGAAACUCAUGUGAUUUCCCCGGUUUCCUCUCCCAAAUCCUCCGGUGUAGCGGAUAUGGCUCAAGAGGUUAACUCAUCCUCGUACACUCCGGAGUUUUCUCCGGUUUCCUCUCCCGAAUCCUCUGGUGUAGCAGAUAUUGCUCAAGAGAUUAACUCAUCUCCGUACAUUUCCUCUCCCGAAUCCUCUGGUGUAACGAAUAUUGCUCAAGAGGCUAACUCAUCUCUCGAAACUCUGUUUUUCUCUUCCGAAUCCUCUGGUGUAAUGGAUAUGGCUCAAGAGGUUAACUCAUCUUCGUACGCCUCUUCUCUCGAAAAUCAUGUGAUUUCCUCGGUUUCCUCUCCCGAAUCCUCCGGCGUAGCGGAUAUUGCUCAAGAGGUUAACUCAUCCCUGUACACUCUGGGGUUUUCUCCGGGUUCCUCUUCCGAAUCCUCUGAUGCAAUGGAUAUGGCUCAAGAGGUUAAAUCAUCUCCGUACACUUCUACUCUCGAAACUCAGGGGCUUUCUCCGGUUUUCUCUCUCGACGAGACUCAACAAAUGAUUUUAGAUCUUGCAAACUUCAAUUAUCCUCCGUGCUUCCCCGCUUUCGACAACCAACAUGAUUUUACACAACAAAUGGUGGCGAGUCAAAGUGAAUUUGCCACUACACCAUCUUACAAUUAUAAUCAACAAUUUGUAAACGAAGAUUCGAUUUACACAACAUUUGAUUACCUGGUUUAUCUACAAGAACAGUUAUGGAAUGAUCCAACGUGGAAUAUGCUAACCUGA